AAAGGUAAUCUCGGCCAUGCUGUAGGCGUAAGUAUAGAAAUAUGUCAUUCAUGCAAUGAACUAGUUUACUCUAAAAUAGAACAUGGGUAUGAGUAUGGAUUUCAUCAUUUUAUGGAUAAGCAUUGGGGUACAAAUUGUACAGGAAAUGCUUAUUGUGAUAUUAGUUAUAAAGACUAUAUGGAACUUAAAAGCAGAUCCAAA